AUGGAAGCCGCCCCGGCGUCGGCCACGGGCCCCUCCCCUCUCGGGGUGCGGGCGGUGGGCACGCGCCCCGUCCCGCUCCCGGUAGACCUGCAGCCGACGCCCACGGCGCAGCCCCAGGCCCUCAGGCCGCUGUCGCUGGCGGGGGUGGGCAGCCUGGCCGAGUGUUGGGCGGCCCUCCGCGACGCCAACCCGGGGACGGACCUGGAGCCCACCCCCCACCUGGUCUUCCUCGAUGCCGAGGAGGACUGGCUCGUGCUGGACGACAACGUCCCCUGGGACCUGGUGACCGAAACCGCCCAAAAACUCAUGCUUGUCAGCACCCUGUAA